UCGCUGGAUAGCCGAUCGUGGGGAUCCGUAGGCGCCGCCCCUCCCCUGCGGCAACCACCUACCCCUUCCCUGCUCCGCUCCGCUCCCGCCUGCCACCACCACUCUACGCCGCCGCCAUCCCCCGCGACAGCCCGCUGCCCUACACCUCCCGUCCUGCUCCGGCCACCACGACUCUCCUCCAUCGUCAUCCCCUGCGACAGCCCCCUACCCCACACCUCCCGUCCGGCUCCGGCCACCAUGAUCUCCUGCGGCGGUCCCCUACCCCACACCUGCGACAGCCCCCUAUCCAAUACCUGCCGUUCGCCGCUAGCCACCACACCAUCCCUUGCGACAGCCCCCACUGCAACCCCUGCCAUCCGCCGCCGACCUCCAUCGCUCUCCUUCGUCGCCACCUCCACUGCCUGGGCUAAUAUGCCUGGCUGCGUUUCGGGCGAAAUAAUCUUGCGGGAGACGGACUUAAUUUGCUUCUGUUCGUGCGGCAGGCGCAGUCUAAAAGGAGUAAUUUUUUUCCGAAGGAGUCUGUCUGUUGAGAAGUUGAAUUGUGCAAUCGGGGAAGAGAAAAGAUAGGUCUAGGGCACAUCUAGAUAUGCUCUAGUUAUUGCACAUCUAAGUGAGUGAAUCAAGCAUAAAGAGGAAAGAAAAAAAGAAAAAGAAAAUAUCCACACGAAUCACAAUGUAAGAUCAAUGACAUAAGACUUAGAUGUGCAAUACUUAUGGCACAUCUAGAUGUGCCUUAGCAAAACUGAAAAGAUAAAUUUCUGUUUGUGCGGCGAGGGCUGUCCAAAAGGAGGAAUUUUUUCUGGGUCUAUUAAGGAGUUGUAAUCAGGAUCCUCCCCCCUCUCCUUUAAUAUCUCCUCCCUUCUGGACUAGAGCUGGCCUUAAUAAAUAGAGAGUCGGAGGAGUAGGAAGGGGCCCUCGUCGAUCGAAUAAGUUGGCAUCCCUGAUUUGAUUUUUGCCGGUGAUUAGUCUCCUUUGUUGCGCCGGCCUAAAUAAGCAGAGGAGGAGUAGUAGGGGGAUUCGAAUAUGGGCAGAUCAGGCAUCCGCCGCUUGUCGCAGAUCCAAUAAGGUCGAUCCAAAUAGUUCAGGCGUCUCAUCAUCAAGAACAGUUUUUUCAACAAGACCAGUUGAUCUGAUCAGCCAUGAUGAAGAAAAGACGUCACCGCAGAAACAAUGUAAAUGCAACACAGAAAGCAACCCUCAACAAAGACGCUGCUGGCAGCGAAGAAGUCGGAGACAGGCUUAGCAAGCUGCCUAAUGACAUUCUACUCAACAUUCUGGAGAGGGUGGACACGCUCGAUGCAAUAAUGACCUGCAUCCUAUCAAAGCGAAUGAUGAAGCUCUACACCAAGCUCUCGCAGUUCUUCCUAAGUUGUAGUUCCAUUCUAGGUCACAAUGUUAGAACCAACAGUGAAUAUGUCAGAACCAACAGUGUUGUGGCUCAUGUAACGGAUAAUAUCUUGAGCACAAAGAGUCCGGAGAUCACCAUUAGCAAACUCAAAAUCAGAUUCAUCUUGAUGCAACCUGAUUGUUACACAAUUGACAAAUCUGUCGCCCGCACCAUGGCAACACAGAAGGUUGGUGCAGCUGAGUUUGAGAUCAUAACAGAGAAAAUUCAUAAGAAGUGUUCUCCUGCCGAUCUCCUCUAUCAUGCGAAGCAGUUCAAUGAUUUUUUCAGUGCUUGUCUGGAUGCAUUUGCUGGCCUCAAGCGCCUGUGGCUGCGCAAUAUGAGGUUUGGUGAACUAGACAUACCCAACAUCCUCACCACUUGCAAGCUCUUGGAGUCUUUGCAUUUAACCAAUUGCGACUCGGGGAUGAAUUCUGUGGUGCAACUAGAACAUGCUAAACUUACUGAGCUCGAGGUCGAGUAUGGGAAAUUUGAGAUAGUUGAGCUGACAUGUCUACCAAAACUCCAACGGGUGAGCUAUAAGGGCUGGUUCAACUCUCAUAAAGGUCCCCUGUAUUUUGGUUUUGUACCACAGCUUUCAAAGCUGAGGCUUGCUAAAAUUGGCACCCGACCAACUAGGACUCUUGAGUUAAGUCAGCUCCUUGGUAAUGUUCCUUACAUAGGCAACCUGCAUCUGGAUUUUCAAAGUGAAAAGAUUUGGGUUCUGCCAGAAAGCUCGAAGCUGCUCAGGCCUGUGCUCAGCCAACUACAGCAGGUGAAUCUGGACAAUCUUUCUGAAGGAUGUGAUUUAGCUUGGCAAUGUUUAUUAUUGAAGCUGCACCGUCCCUAAAAGAGCUCUGCAUCACAGUCUUGGAUCAUUGGUGCAAUAUGGUGAUGAGAGACAAAGAGUUCCGGAAGAACAAUGGUUUCUGUGAAAAGGCAGACGUGGAGUGGAAGCCACCCCCCUGAUUUCAAGCACAAGAAUCUGGUUAAGCUCACCAUCUAUGGCUUCCAACCUGACGACAUCUUUGUGCGAUUCAUCAGGUGUGUCAUGGAACAUGCGGAUAAUAUGGCAGAGAUAUCUCUGCAUGACAGGAAGAAGGUAUGUCUGCGCUGUGGUGUCUUGGAUCCUGAGAUGAAGUACCCAUCGAGGUAUCCACGGAAUGCUGAUGAACGCACACAUAUCACUGAAGAAUUGGGGAGGUCUUUGCCUGCUAUGGUUCGCUUCUGGACGUAAUUAACAAAAAGAGAUGUACUACCUAGUAUUAGUACUAGUUUGCAAAUCCUCUGAACUAUAAUUUAGUAGUACUCUUGCUUUCCUUUGAAUUGAAGCUAUGUGAAGUGUUUGUCUAAUGGAGAAAAUAUUUAGUAAAUUUUUAGAGUAUUUUGACA